AUGAGGGCUUUUGAGACUCCGGGAGGUUUGCCUCCUCAGCAGUUGUUCGGCGUCAAGUGUGCCGUGGCACCGAUUCGCUGUGCCGAGGCAAUGAUUCUCGAGUGGAUGGCUGAGCCUCGUGUGGGCGUGCUCAUGGACCUGGGGAGGAUCAGAUCCCUUUAUCCUGCUAUCAUGGCCCAGCUGGGGGCUGGCAGGCAGGUGGAGAACGAUUGCGUAGCUUCCAUGCUGGUGCAGGUGCUGGGGGUGAAAGAGAGCGCUGAUCUGCAGGAAGGGUUUGGUGCUCUCAUGCAGAAUCUGCUGUCAGGCGGGCUGGAAAAGGCGCAUGCAGCUGAAAAGGGGAGUGAGGGAGCUGGGGGAAUGGGUGCUGAGAAGACACAUGAGGAGGAAGGGGGAAUAAGGGGGGAGACUGCUGAGAAGGCGCAGGGGGAGGAGGGAUGGGCGGAUGGCGAGGUGAUGGAUAGGGGCGGGGGCAUGGAAAAGGAGGAGGAGCAGGGGGUUGAUGAUGCUGAGCAUGGUGGUGGGGAAGGGUCGGAGUUCCGGUGCAGCCACUGCAGUGAGGGGGGCAGCAGCAAUAGUGGUGACGUGCAGGUGAAUGGUAUUCCCAAGGGCAUGUAUGUGAGUGGGGUCAGCGCCACGGAUAUUGCUCUUGCUUUUGCCGAAGAGUUGUCUAAGGCAGAGCGCUGUGUAGACGCCUGUAUGCUCGGUGCCAUCCCGAAGCCUCUAACUGCUGAAAGUCUUCCUAUAGAGUGGGAGGAAUGGCCACAUGGUGAUGAAGCUGCUUCGAAGCUUCCUGAUGAUCCCGAUGCAAGAUUCUACCUGCUGGGUUUUGUGGAGGAGAGUGCAACGGGGGUGGAGAGUGAGCAGAAGAGGGUAACAGAAGAAGCAUCAAAGGCUGGGAGGAGGCACAAGAGGGGGAAGGUGCGAGGAGCCAAGGCACCAUGCCAAGCAAGUGACGGCAGUGGCAGCGUUGCAAACAGAGGGCAUGGUGAAGAGCAAAGGGCCAGUUCACAUGCAUGCGGCAUGGCUGUUGCAAGGCCGCCUUUUAGAAGGAAGCUGCCCAUCGUGUGCUGCGUGGCAGAUGCAGAUUUUUUUGUGGAGGGGGUUGGCCGGUUGAUGAGUCCACCGGCAUGUGCUCAAUGCAUCCAUUGCUACCGCAGUUUCUACAUCCGCAUCCCAUCCAUCGCCCUCAUUGCCAAGUUCGCCUAUUGCCCCCUCUACGUUCUCUUCAACCGCUUCUUAUCUGUCUUCCCGCCACACUCUGCUGGGUUUGAUGCACUUUUGGAGAACAUGGGGUUGCCGCCGUUUCCCUCAGGCUCGCCUUCACGUACCAACCUUGCGGUUCUGUGCGGUGAGCUAGAGAAGGAGCGCGUUUUCUUCCUGCUCCUCGUGGCCCACAUGUGGCCGACUUCCAUUCUGGAUAUGGAACAGUUUGAAGGCAUAGAGGUGUUCUAG